AUGUCGCGUGAUCGAUUUCUUGGCUACAGCUGCUGCCUCGUCGCGGGCGUGGGCUUCGGUGUCAACUAUUUGCCGGUGAAGGGCAUAGACACCGGUGAUGGUAUCUUCUUCUCCGCUGUCAUGUCCGUGGGCAUCCUCUUCGUGGGGCUGUUGACAGGCAUGGUGCUAACAAGCACGCCCGGGCUCACAAUGCCGGUGUUCGAGCCAUGGGCUGCGGUGGGAGGUGCCAUCUGGAUGUGCGGAAACCUGAUGUGCCCGUACAUCAUCAAGCUGAUCGGGAUGGGCCUUGGGCUGACAGUUUGGGACUUGAGUAAUAUGAUCAUCGGCUGGUUCACUGGGCACUUCGGGCUUUUCGGAGUGCAGAAGGAGCACCACAAGAGGCCUCUGGAGAACAUCCUGGGAUUGGGUUUGUCCAUGACCUCCUUGGUCUUCUUCUCCUUGGCGGCGAACGCUGAUGUCACGGACGCUGGAGACGCAGAGGGCCCCCAGGUCACCAAAGAG